AUUUUUGUUGGAAAUCUGCCAUAUCACUUCCAAAAACCAAAUUUGGAGGAGUUAUUCGGUAAAUUUGGUCCGCUUGUAAAUAUAAAUGUUGGAUUUGAUAAAAGAACAGGUCAAAGUAAAGGUUAUGCUUUUGUUGAAUUUGAAAAUAAAGCUGAUGCUGAUGCAGCUUUUAACGAGUAA